AAACGAUUCAAAGAUACCAUUUUUGUUACUCGUUCUUUGGGUAUUCAGCUACGGUGGAUCGGCUCCCUUUGCAUAUUUCGGGACUCACGGGACGGAUUGGAACGCGAAGUUCCUCUCACGAGUAGUGUGUACAGGUAUGCACUUCUAAAUCUUGCGGCAAGUGCUGCCGUUGAUGACAGGGUCGGCUGUCUUCCUGCCAGAAAUCCCUCCCAGAUCAAGCCGUGUACUAUCCAGACUGAGUGGCUUGAGACCAUAACAACGCCGCCUACCAUCUCUACCACAACUUUUUCUGGGAGUUUGCUUUUGCUGGAAUGCCCCUAAUUACUUCUGGCCCCAAGAAUCCUUCAUUUAGGAGGCACACAACUAUUCUGGGGAUGCAACGAAUUAGCCGCACGUGAAAGCCAUCCAUAUGGCAGGCCACCAAGCACG